AUGCGGCGCUGGUGGAGGAGCCGAUUACCGGUGCUGGUGCUGAUCGCCUCGUACGCGGCGGCGGCGGCAGUGGUAGCAGCCUUUGAGCCCCGGGUCGGUGGCUUCGGGCGUUCCAUUGAUGUCGGCGGCUUCGAUAACAACAUCGAGGACGAGGUGGAAUCGUGGCAUCCCCACGCGGCGCCCGGCAAACCGAGCAAACUCGACCUCGAUGUCAGCCAGUACACGGAGACGGAUGACAAGGGCAUGUUCGAGCUUGAGAGCCAGGGGCUGCAUGCCGAGGGGAUGGGAGCUGGGGUGGAUGAGGAUGCAGAAACGUCGACGACAACGACGGAGGCAACGACCGCGAACUCGGAGAAAACCGACAGGGCUGUGAAGUGCGACGAUAAGAGCGUAUCAGUGAAGUGCAUUGAGAAGAGAAUCGAUACUUUUCUUCGGACAAUGUCGACGGUCGAUACGCUAAACGUCACCGAUUCCGUGCAAAUCGUCAAGAGGAGCGACGACGGUGGCAUCACGAGGCUGGAAAGUACCAAUGACACCGCGAACGGCAGCGUCGACGCGGUAUCGCUGGUUGACAGGAUCCGCAGGUUUGCCCGUGACCACGUGGUCGAGAUCAAGCUGUCGAAGGACAUGUUCUCGGCCCGCCGAGCGAGGACCUUCUUUGGGGCUGAAUUUCAGGCAAAGAAUACCUUUUUAACAGGCUUCGGGCUUGGUUUUCUAGCGUUCGGCUUGAAAAAGCUCUUGCUGCCACUCUUCAUUGGCGUCCAAAUCAUCAAGAGCAUCCUGAUCGCUCUGUUCCUGCCCAGCAUCAUCGGCAGCAUCGGCAAGAUCGUCGGCAAAGGUGUGACCUCGUUCGCGCAGUCGUCGCAAAAUCCGGCCCAGCAGAUGGAGGAGAACUACGAGUUCAAGGACAACCAGGAGUUCUUCGGGGAGGAUUACAUGCAGCGCCAGCCCCUCGGCACCCUGCCCGCCUCGGUCAUGUACGAGGAGAACAUGCUUCAAGCCCAACAGACCAACAACGUCAACAGCCAACCCCAGCCAACGGCGGCCGGCGCCAACAAGGAGGUAGUCUCGCGUUUUGGAUUCGUCGAUCCACGGCUCACGGAUCGUUACUACACGCGCCACGUGGUCAAUCCACAGGCCACGAGGCAGGACUUCAAGGUCUUCCACGAGAUCCCGACGAGUUCUCUGCUGCUGACCAACUACGACCCGUACUACUCGCCCCUGCUGUCGCGCAUCGACUCCAUCUUCUCGCGGCUGGGCUACAACACGGAGGAGUGCCGGGAGUACUUGGUCUGUGCCAUGUACCGCAACCCGGCGCGUUUCAUGCCCUCCUCGAACCUCGUCUCGACGCAACUGUCCCGAGAACUGAACGAGCUGCGCAAGCCGAGCGCCGAUAACCCGGAGGUUCUGCGCUUCUUCCACUACAUGAAGGCUGCCAAAGACGGCCAGGAUGGCCUCUCGUGCCAGGACAUCUACGCCAACUGCGAGGACGCCGAAAAUGACACCAUCAGGCAAAACCAGGCGAUGCUCGCCACCUACCAGGACAUAGACAAGCUCGUGCACGCGAGAAAGCUCUAG